GGCGAAAUCCUAACAAAGCCAAUAAACGAAAGAAGAAGAAAAAGCAAAUAAAUCUGGAUUAAUCAAUAUGAAUUAUUUGAAAUAAUAUUAAUAAACGCGAAACCACUCACAAGAAUGGACUUGUUUAAACGUUUGCGAGGAGGGUCUUCCCCCGAAGCGAAGACAGUCUCUAGUAAUGUUGAAAGCAAGAAGAAAGCAUUGCAAACUGUAGCGUUUGGGCAUACCGACGAUGCUUUAACACCUGAUGAUUUUGAAAAUAUCAUUCGUUCAUCGUCUGAAGUCAAGACGUUACAACCUCUAGAAGAUCAUAUGACGAUGACCACUGUAAAAAAGACUCCUAACAAGACGGAUACUACUCCUGAUACUUCGGCAGUCACCUCGAAGCCAACCCCCGAUCCAAUCCAGAACUUCGAAGAUGAUUUCCGUGACCCUUAUUGGAACUGAUUACUAUUUAGUUACAACAGAAAUAGUUAAUUUAUUAAAUUCUUGUCUUUUG